UCGGACGAAUGCACCGAGACGAGAUGGAACUUUAUUUAUAACCCCUUAGUCAUUCUCGUUCCAGUCUAUGGAUGCCUAAAAGCCUAUUUGUCUUCUCGUCUGUUAAAUACAACGCUACAGAUGUAAACGGCUGCCUCAAGCACGGCGUGCGGCGGACCGGAAGUGACGCAAUACGUGUCCGCGUAUUCCCGCUCUGCCGUUCGCUUGCGGUUCCGUGGCGGGAACUGGAGCGAGCUCACGGCGGCAGCUUUGUCGCUCGGCCCCGCCACUCAGGCCUCCCUGAACCUGAUAUUCUCAGAUUGGGGAACGAGCUAAGAUUUAGCGACUGCCUCUCCUUUUCCCUCUCCCGGAAACGCCAAGAACGAGCCGAUAGUGUCUGGCUUCCGACACGAACGACUGAAAGACCCUGGGAACAGGCGCGGGGACGCGGAUAAAAGGGUGAAGUAACCAUGCAGGCUUUUCUAAAAGGCACAUCUAUCGCUAUGAAACCAUCAACCAAGGAUCGAGGAACAGCUGCCACUGCUGGAAGCAGUGGAGAAAACAAGAAAGCCAAACCUGUUCCAUGGGUGGAAAAAUAUCGCCCAAAAUGUGUGGAUGAAGUUGCUUUCCAAGAAGAAGUGGUUGCAGUGCUGAAAAAGUCUUUAGAAGGAGCUGAUCUCCCUAAUCUCUUGUUUUAUGGGCCACCUGGAACUGGGAAAACAUCCACUAUUUUGGCAGCAGCUAGGGAACUCUUUGGGCCUGAACUUUUUCGAUUAAGAGUUCUUGAGUUAAAUGCAUCUGAUGAACGUGGAAUACAGGUAGUUAGAGAGAAAGUGAAGAAUUUUGCUCAGUUAACUGUGUCAGGAAGUCGUUCAGAUGGGAAGCCAUGUCCUCCCUUUAAGAUUGUGAUUCUGGAUGAAGCAGAUUCAAUGACCUCAGCUGCUCAGGCAGCUUUAAGACGUACCAUGGAGAAAGAGUCUAAAACCACCCGAUUCUGUCUCAUCUGUAACUAUGUCAGUCGAAUAAUUGAACCUCUGACCUCUAGAUGUUCUAAAUUCCGUUUCAAACCUCUGUCAGAUAAAAUUCAACAGCAGCGGUUACUGGACAUUGCUGAUAAAGAACAUGUCAAAAUUAGCAAUGAGGGAAUAGCUUAUCUUGUUACAGUGUCAGAAGGAGAUUUAAGAAAAGCCAUUACAUUUCUUCAAAGUGCUACUCGAUUAACGGCUGGAAUGGAGGUCACAGAGAAGGUGAUCAUAGACAUUGCUGGGGUGAUACCAGCUGAGACAAUUGAUGGAAUAUUUGCUGCAUGUCAAAGUGGCUCUUUUGACAAACUAGAAAUUGUGGUAAAGGACUUAAUAGAUGAGGGCCAUGCAGCAACUCAGCUUGUAAGUCAACUUCAUGAUAGAGUUGUAGAAAAUGAUAACCUUUCUGAUAAGCAGAAGUCCAUCGUUACAGAAAAACUUGCUGAAGUGGAUAAAUGCUUAGCAGAUGGUGCUGAUGAACAUCUGCAACUGAUCAGCCUCUGUGCUACUAUGAUGCAGCAGUUAACUCAGAAUUGUUAAUCAUGUUUAGUAUAUGUUUCAUCUCUAAUUAUGAUUUCUAUAUAAUA